AUGUUCAGCCACUCGCAAGAUAAAGACGUAUUUAGAGAUAAUGCAUUCAACAGAACCAACAAUGUGCCAUCACUAAGUACACGGAUGAACAAACCAGCAAGCAGCGACAGAGACGCGCGAGAGCACGAAGUGUUUAGUAGGCUGCCCUCGAUUCCGCAAAUACUCGAGCACGACAAGGUAAGAGAAGAUGCCCGAGCGUCGCCCCCGUAUGCGCUCAAUCCUGGUGUGAAGUAUUCUUCAGAAGGAGCUUCUCACCUGAUGAUGCGCUCCAGCAUGUACGUCGUCCCUGCAGACGAGGACUUGUUUGAGCUUGUGGGCCUGCCUUUGCUCGUGAGCGUGCAGCCAUUCAACUCAGCAGUAGCAAUUCCCGAGUACAGAAUGGACUACCUCACGAAGUGCACCGAGUGCAGCUCCUUUCCCACGCCCAUGAACGACGACACGACGUACCAGUACAAGUGCGCAAUGUGCGGGACCAUGAAUAAGGUCCAGGCAGACUGCCCUUCUCUUCUCGAGUACAGCACCGACUACGUGUGCGAGGGCGUGCACUCAAAGGACAGAAGCUGGUACUCUUCCAGCACGCUCCCCAAGGGAAACCUGCAGCUGCCCUCGUGCAGAAAGUGGAACGAGCCUUCAGUCGUCUUUAUGAUAGACUGCUCGAUGGUCUCCAAAAACACCGCAGGGUAUGCCGAGUACAUAAACGCGAUGAAAAACAUUCUGCUCUCCAAGGAGUUCAGCCUUUUUUACAGAAGGUUUGCAGUUGUGCUGGUCGGAGAAAAUGCGUCUGUGGUUUCAGACGGGGAGCUAGGGUACACGCUCAACGUGAUGUACAACAUAAAGGGAGAGUGCGGCCUGUGCGCGCCUCUGUUUAUAGAGACGGACGACCUCACAGAAGAAAGAGUUGGCCAGCUCAUGGAAAUAGUCGAGUCCUGCAGUGCGCCUGCGUUUGGCAUGUCCAGUGCCCUGACAGCAGCCAUACAGAUGGCUGCGUACACGGGAGGAUGCAAAGUCAUGGCGUGGCUGGGCGGGGCAGAGUACGGGGAGGUUUUAGAAAGCACGACACAAACAGCAAUAGACUGCGGAAUGUCUUUGCACGUAUUUUGCACUGCGGCCACAAAACUGGAAAAGCUGCACAGGAUUGUGUUUAGCUCUGGGGGCACUGUAGAGCGCGAGCAUGUGUACAGCGGGAUGCUGGACAAGGCCCACCAGGAGGCCUUUUUCCGGUGCUCUGUGCGGGUGGUUUGCAGCAACGGGCUUAAAAAAAGGGCGAUUUACAGCAGCGGGUCCUCGGAGAACAUUUCAAUGAUCUCUUUCCCGGAGAUGACGCAGUCAACAACAUUUGCAGUGAGCUUUUCUGUUGAGGACUUCCUUAAAGAGGGCACGCCCGUGUACAUACAGGCAGCUAUCGAGUAUGUCAACCAAGCUGGAGAGAACCGAGUGCGCGUGCUGAACAUGAAGCUGCGGGCGAGCCGAGUCAUACCGCAGGUGUUUGCAGGGCUUUCCAUGGACGGAAUGUUUAGCGGGGUCUGCAAGUACAUCUGCUCAGAGCCCGUGAACAUGGUAGAGAACGCGCGGAAAGUGGAGAGCUCCAUGGUCCAUGCGCUGACAUUGUACAAGAGAGCAUGCGCAAAAGACACCUCAAGCACCCAGCUCGUGCUGCCUGACUCAAUAAAGGGGCUCCCUGUGAUUGUGCAGAGCAUUUUCAAACAGCCCAAAAUCCAGCUGAGCUACGCCAUGCGGACAGAGUUUGCAGGAGAGGUAAUGCCCCUGCCUGUGGACCAGACCUUCAGGAUGUUCUAUCCCAGGCUUGUUAAAAUAUCGUCGCUUUUUACGGUCUCGUCAAUCGACGAUUUGGUGGCUGAAAGGCUCAGCAUGCGCGUGCUGGACUCGGACGAAAGCUACCUGAUGGACGCAGGAGAGAGAUGCAUUUUGUGGUUUGGAAAGGGCGCGGUAGACUACAUCGACGAAAUGGUUCAGAACGAGGUGGUCUUGUCCGCAAUGGAGAGGCUUAAGGAGAUGUACGGAGUGCAGCUGAAGGUCACCCAGUGCGUGCAGGGCGAGAUGGACGCAGACUUUAUUGGUUACAUGGUGGAAGACCAAAUGGGAGGAUAUCCAAAGUACCAGGAGUAUCUGGGAAUAAUCCACGGAAAAAUAACCAAAAAAUAA